ACGAAUUCUGGCCAAAAAAUUGUAAGGGAUUAAAUUUUAGCUUUCACAUGUUGUGGUAUUAAGCCUGAUGUCAACUUGAAUAUUUUUUGCUUGUUAAAUUGUAUAAAAAAGUAGCAUAUUAUUAAUUGAAUUGUUUAUUUACUAAGUUCAUCAUGCAACUUAUAAUUCGUGGAGAAAAAACCUUCGUGUUUGAAGGAGAUAACAUCGAUGAUUUACAAGAAUAUAUUGAAAAUGAACAAGAUUUGCCUAUUGAAGAUCAAGUCCUUUUCUGUAAAGGUAGAAUAAUAGAUGAUUUCAACUGGAAUGAAGUUGAAGACGGUGAUGAAAUCCAAGUAAAUGGACGUCUCCUUGGAGGUAAAGUACAUGGAUCACUUGCUCGAGCAGGAAAAGUUAAAGGUCAAACACCAAAGGUAGAGAAACAAGAAAAGAAGAAAAAGAAGACCGGCCGUGCUAAGCGUCGAAUGUUGUACAACAAACGUUUUGUGAAUGUAGUGCAAGGCUUUGGAAAGAAACGAGGACCCAACACCAACCAAUAGAUAAUAAAUUUGAUUAUAUCUCAUAUUUGUAUUAAAUCAGGCUCCACGAAUUUGGAUACACUUGACUCGAAGGAUAUUAUCACUUGUAACUUAUAAAAUAAUUUCCUGAGAAAAAAUGCUGUUCAAAUAAAUUGAUAAUUCAAUUCAUCAAAA